AUGGGGACCCCUGCUGUGCUCUGCAUCUCUUUGGCCCUGUGGGCGCUGCUGGGCGAAUGCGCUGGGAUCCCUCUGAUGCUCAAAGACAAACGUGGCUGGACCCUGAACAGUGCAGGCUACCUGCUGGGCCGCUACGCCCACCGCCCACUGAUGGAUAAGGGGGUCUUAUCCGGGAAGCGGGAGGCCACUGAGGGGCCCGUGCAGCUGGAAGUGGAGUUCGAGGGUGCCCCCUUGCGCCCCGCUGCCGAGCGCAGCUUCCAGACCUUGCUGGAUUUCCUCUCCUCCCUGUGUCUUCCAGGUGAGUGCCAGGGCCAGACUUUGGGGGAGCUGGGGGCCCUGGAUCGUCUGCCCCUCCCCGAUGCCGCCAGCCAGCCCUAG